GAUGCGGGCAUCAGCAGACAUCGCAGUAACUUCAGCUUCACUGCACCUCACCAACGUAGACCCUGCUGCUUCCUCUGGUAAUUAAUCGUCUGAAGGCGUUGGACCAUGGAGAUUCGGCCUAACGUGAUUGCCGUGAAGUUGAUGAAGAGGGAGGGGGAUGGGCUGGGCUUCCUGGUGAAGCAGCGCUCCUGCAACCCUCCAGUCAUCGUGUCUGACGUGGUGCGGGGAGGGGCCGCGGACCAGAGCGGCCUCAUCCAAGUCGGAGACCUCAUCCUCUCCGUCAACGGCACGAGUCUGGAGACCCUGCCGUACAGCGACGCUCUGCAGGUCCUCAGGGCGGUGGAGGUGGGCAAACCGACGGAGAUCAUCCUCCGCGGGCCCGAGGGAUUCGCCACGAAGCUCGAGACCACCUUUACGGGGACCGGCAUCCCGAAGACGGUCCGCAUCACCACGGCGGAGAGCCCGCUGCGCUCGCUCGCCCUCUCCCCGGCACGCAGACUCAUCAAGAGGAUAACCGGCAACUCUCACGUCAAGUCCAUCGACCACAUCAAUGCAGAAGCCCUGAAAGAGAAAGAAACUGUUUCGAACGGACCGCUAUGCACUGAAAACAACGACCGGACGAUGGAGACACCGAAGUCGUGCUCUUCUGUCGCUGUUCAGACCUCUCCGAAGGAAACAACCGCCAAAGCAGAAGUGAACGGACAGUGCAACGGCAAUGCCACGAUGGCGGCAAAGUUAGACAAGACGAAACUGACGCUAGACACGAUUUCUGCCGCCGUGAAGAGGGAGAGCGUCAACGGCGGGAACGAGCUGGGAAGGCCCACCGAGGAGGGGCCGUCGUCCCGGCGGAACUCCACCACGAUGAGCCCGUCCGCAAAGCCCAGGUUCGCCCGCAUGAAGAACUGGCUGAACGACAAGCAGAUGACAGACACUCUCCACAACAAGGGCACACCGAUGAACCCCUGCUCGGGUACAAAGUGUCUGGGGUCCCUCAUGCGCCCAAACGCUGCUGUGCAGGCCAAGAGCACGAGACCAGCUGGCGAGGUCAGACCCAAGGAAGAAGUCUUAGAACACGCCAAGGAGUUCCUGGACGAGUUCUUCGCAUCAAUCAAACGCGCCAACACACAGGCUCACAAGCAGAGAUGGGCCGAGGCGAAGUCACAGAUCGAGGAGAAGGGUUGGUACGAGUUGACUCAAAUGGAGCUGACGUACGGAGCCAAGCUGGGCUGGAGGAACGCGCCCAGAUGUGUGGGCAGAAUACAGUGGUCCAAACUACAGGUGUUUGACGCACGAUACGUGACCACGGCACGGGGCAUGUAUGAAGCCAUCUGCAAUCAUAUCAAGUAUGCAACCAACAAGGGGAACCUCAGGUCGGCUAUCACUAUCUUCCCUGCCCGCACGGACGGGAAGCACGACUUUAAGGUGUGGAACGCGCAGUUUAUCCGGUACGCCGGGUACAAGCAGCCGGACGGGUCAGUCAUAGGCGACCCGGCUAGCGUGGAGUUCACUGAGAUCUGUCAGAGCCUGGGCUGGAAAGGGAAGAACGGUCCGUUUGACGUGCUGCCCCUGGUGCUGUCUGCUAACGGUCAGGACCCGGAAAUCUUCGAGCUGUCAAAGGACCUGGUGUUGGAGGUGGAGUUCAAACAUCCCAAAUAUGACUGGUUCAAAGAGCUGGGAAUCAAGUGGUACGCCCUGCCGGCUGUAGCUAACAUGUUGUUUGACGUGGGAGGAGUGGAGUUCCCGGCAGCUCCGUUCAGCGGCUGGUACAUGUGCACGGAGAUCGGCAGAGACCUGUGUGACGUCAACAGAUACAACUUCACCGAGCAAAUCGCCAAAAGGAUGGGACUUGACACAGGCCGAGCGUCGUCACUCUGGAGAGACCUGGCUCUGAUCGAGGCAAAUGUCGCCAUUCUUCACAGCUUUCAGACCGGAAACGUGACCAUCACUGACCACCACACCGCCUGCGAGUCGUUCAUGAAGCACCUUGAGAACGAACAGCGCCUGCGUGGAGGCUGUCCGGCGGACUGGGUGUGGAUCGUCCCGCCCGUGUCCGCGUCUCUCACUCCCGUCUUCCACCAGGAGAUGAUCAGCUACUACCUGAGACCGUCCUACGAGUAUCAGGAGGAUGCUUGGAAGACCCACGUGUGGAAAAAGAAGGAAGACACCAAGAGGAUCAUGCCUGGGAAGACGAAAAGAAAGUUUGGCUUCAAGGAAGUGGCCAAAGCGGUGAAGUUCUCUGCCAAACUGAUGGGGAAGGCGCUGGCGAAGCGGGUGAAGGCGACCAUCCUGUACGCCACGGAGACCGGCAAGUCCGAGCGGUACGCCAAGACAGUCUGCGAGAUCUUCAAACACGCGUUCGACGCCAAGGUGAUGUGUAUGGACGACUAUGACAUCAUGCACCUGGAGCACGAGACGCUGGUCAUCGUGGUGACCAGCACGUUCGGCAACGGAGACCCUCCGGACAACGGGGAGUCGUUUGGCCAGGCCCUUCUGGAGAUGCGACAUCCGCCCAUGGACAACAACGACAACAGGCCGCCCGGGCACACCAAGCGGCUGAGCAGCAUUUCCAGCAGCGCCACGGAGCGGCGGCGGAAGUUCUCGAGGCAGAUGAAGGAGCGGGACAUGGACAGUAUGGACCUGGACGGCGGGCCGCUCAGCAAUGUCAGGUUUUCGGCCUUUGGGCUUGGCUCCCGUGCGUACCCGGGAUUCUGUGCGUUUGCGCACGCGGUGGACACGCUGCUGGGUGAGCUGGGCGGAGAGCGGAUCUAUAAGAUGGGGGAGGGGGACGAGCUGUGCGGGCAGGAGGAGUCCUUCAGGAAGUGGGCCAAAGGCGUCUUCAGGGCGGCCUGUGACACUUUCUGCGUCGGUGAUGACCUCAACAUGAACGAGGCGAGCGCGACCCUGCUGAACACCGACUCCACCUGGUCAGCCGACAAGUUCCGGCUCAUUCCGGCAGAGGGCGUCAUGGAGUGGAACAUCUGGGAAGGACUAUCAAAGGUGCACAGUAGAACCGUGGUACCCUGCCGACUGAUAUCGAGAGAAAACCUACAAGCACCGGACUCCGGCCGUGAGACCAUCCUGGUGAGACUAGACUCGCAGGGCUCGGACGACCUGAACUACGUUCCCGGGGACCAUCUGGCGGUGUUCCCGGCGAACGAGGACCACCUGGUGCAGGCCGUGCUGGACCGGCUGGACAACGCUCCCGAUCCGGACAGCAUCGUCAACAUGGAGGUUCUACAGGAGAAGCAGACGCCGCUAGGAGCCAUACGAACAUGGAUGACGAGUGAACGGCUGCCUCCCUGCUCGCUCCGGACCGCCCUGUCCCGGUACUUCGACAUCACCACGCCUCCAGCGCCUCAGUUACUGCAGCAUCUGGCCACUCAGGCCACGGACGAGGAGGAGAAGAAAGAACUGGAAGUGUUGGGAAAGGGCGACUCUAGGUACGAAGACUGGAAGUUCGAGCGUACGCCGAACCUGGUGGAGGUUCUGGAGGACUACCCGUCCCUGAAGGUGGCGCCGACCCUGCUGCUGAGCCAGCUGUCCUUCCUGCAGCAGCGCUACUAUUCCAUCAGCUCCUCACAGAGGAUGUUUCCUGGGGAGAUCCACGCGACGGUCGCCGUGGUCAGGUUUGCCACACAGGGUGGCGUGGGUCCUAUUCACAACGGAGUCUGCUCAUCUUGGUUGAACCGAAUCGUGAAGGAUGAUAUCGUGCCAUGUUUCGUGCGGGCGGCCCAGAACUUCCACCUCCCCGAGGACCCCACGGUUCCGCUGAUGAUGGUCGGCCCCGGGACCGGCAUCGCGCCGUUCCGCAGCUUCUGGCAGCAGAGGCAGAUGGAGGUCGGCUCUGGCGACCCACAACAUCGGCCAAAGUACGGCCAGAUGACGUUAGUAUUCGGCUGUCGGCAGUCCAAAAUGGACGACAUCUACAAGCACGAGACGGCACAAGCUAAGGAAGACGGCGCCUUGACUGAGGUCUACACAGCUCUGUCCAGGGAGCCUGGUGUACCAAAGUCGUAUGUCCAGAACGUCAUUCUAGACCAGAUCCCGGAGAAAGUGUGCGACCUCCUGACGAAGCAGAACGGCCAUUUCUACGUGUGCGGGGACGUGUCCAUGGCGGCAGACGUCUGUAACACGCUGGAGAAGGUCCUGGAGAAACAGCAGGGCCUGACACCCACCAAGGCCAAGGACUUCGUAGACAAGAUGAAGGACUGCAACCGGUACCACGAGGAUAUCUUCGGCGUGACCCUGCGGACCCAGGAGGUGACAGACCGUGUCCGGUCAGCAGCGCGUAAGAACUGGGUCCGGGUGAAGAGACUGCGGCCCAGCACGGUGGUACCUCCCACCAGAGGUCUGUCACCGGUACGUGAGGUAGGGUCGAACACGUUAAUCAAUCCGGCUUUCUCUGCAGAUGGCUUGCUGAGCUCGUCCCUGUCCUCUACUCCGAUGUCCACGCCCUCCGCCACCCCCGUCAACUCACCCUACUCCUCGCCGCUGCACCGCCCCGACCCGACCGUGUGCGCCAACGGCGAUCUGCCGAGUCUACAUAUUGAGGAAUGA